AUGGCUGACAAAACCCUCCCAAACCGCCCAACCCUGCAGCCUUCCACGCCCUUCGAUGACUCCUCGUCGACCGCGAUACAUAUACAUUCACUUGCGGCCCCUUCGACAUCCUCAACAUCUCGCCCUCACACAUACCCCUCAACGUCCAUCAACGCCAUCGUCUCUGGCAUCAAUCGCCCCGCCACCGAGCGCAAGAACCCAAUGGACAUCCAAGCCAGCCUGAUGUCGCCACCAGAGGCAAUCCCUCACGACAGCUUCUCUCCGACUUCCUCGAGACCUUCCAACGAUUCCAAGAUGAAGAGUUCAUACCUCGCCCCCGCGGCCAGAUUUCAGCCCCCGCUCUCGCCACCAGUAUCGCCCGAAUCAAAGAGCACCACCCCCGACUCACCUGCCAGCGUCGUUCGUGAUCCGAUCCUCUUCCCAAGCCCAGAUACGCAGACCACCCCGUCCUCACAACCGCCGCUCUUCUACGACGAGACUCUUGCACAACGGGUGGUGGAUGAGCACGUACGGGCAAGGGAAGAGAGCUUUUUCAGGGUUAGGGAGGUGUCGCCCCCUCGCGAUGCAGAAUAUCGGGAGGUGUUGGAAUUCAAGUCGCAGGUGGCGAAGAUCUUCAGCAACAAUCCAAGAUUGUGGGCUGCCAGGGAACGGGAAUAUCUGAAGGAGGAUAGCGCAUUGAGACUGGGAGGCAGGAGAUGGGCCGCAAUUGCUCCGGCUUCCAACAGUCAUCGCAAACCUGCACGGCCUCCGGGAGCCCGAACCGCCAGCAAUGGAGGUGUUGGAAAGAGUGGUCCCCUGAGUCGACAGUCAAAAACCCCCAAGAGCUACGAUAAUCGUGGAGUUACCCCGGAUGGUCACAAGAAGGUCACAAACCGCGAGGACAAGGACUUCAACGCCUUGCCUGAUUACUGCCCGCCUCUCACCAGCCUUCCAAACAAACCCAAUUCGCUCAAGAUCGAUUGGAAAGGUACUCCUAUCGAUCUUAGGGGUGAUCCUCAUGCCCACCUUCUUCAUCCUGACGAGAUAUACCUCGCAGCGAACCUGCGUCUCGAUUGCGCCACCUACCUCACAUCGAAGCGUCGCAUAUUCAUCAAGCGAAUCGAGGCUUUGAAGAUCGGCAAGGAGUUUAGAAAGACGGACGCUCAGCAGGCUUGCAAGAUCGAUGUCAACAAGGCUAGCAAACUCUGGACGGCAUUUGACAAGGUCCACUGGCUUGAUCCACGCUGGGUGGAGAAGUACCUCUGA